AUUGAAAUUUUUUUUCUGAGUGCCAUUCCAAUAUCUCUGACGCAUUGAACUUGCCUAAUGAAAACUGUCAAAAUAUCAGCUGUUUUGUUUUCCAAUUUUCAUCGGGUAAAUGCGCUUAAGCUCGGCCUUUUAUCGCACCAGAACCAAAACAUUGGAAGCCGGUCAGUGAUCACGAAUUGUUUUGAUUUUUCGCUGCGUGUUUACGUAAAUUUUCGUGAAAGGGCCGCUGCAAAUAAAAAUGGAUCGCCCAGGACCGAUGGCCCCUGCCCAGAAUCCAUAUCAGGAUCCCCAACAGAAUGUUAUGAACUAUCAAUUUUCACCGGAAGAGUUGAAGGUGUUGCAGGAGUGCAAUCGGGAAGCUUUCUUCCAGCGGUCGCUUCCUUUGGGGACUGCUGCUGGUCUCGGCGUCUGGUAUGCCGUGAAACAGGGACACCUGAAGGGCAACGUUCGCUUCGGCGCGGCUCCGAAGGUUAUCCUUGGGGUGACCCUCGGGUACUUCCUGGGCAAGGUGAGCUACCAGACCAAGUGUGCCGAGAAGCUGAUGCGAUUGCCAAAUUCGCGACUGGCCGAAAUGCUCCGGCAGCGUAGGCUGGGCGCAUCCGGCGGGGCGGAGAAAUUGCUUCCCGAUCAAGGUUUUGGCACAGGUUCAAUGCUGUCGCCUUUUGGACCCACUUCACCCAGUGAUACGUAUACGGAUGAGCAUUUCCGCGGGAUUCGAGGCGAUUCGUUCAAUAUCGAUGUAAAUACUCCGACCUACUCUGGGCUUGAUGAUAGCGGACGACCAACGGUUGAUUCUUUCCAAAAUCUGGAGGAAGACCUUCAACUGCCUCCCACGCCACCGGCCGUAACCAAGUCCUAUGAAGAGCUUCGUCGACAGAACAGAGAAGAUUAUGCGAAGCGACAGCAGGGUUCGGCUUAUCGACCACCAACACCACCAGCGGCCCCGGCACAGCCCAGUCAACAACCGGACGAUCGCUAUUUGCAAGUGCCGGGAGAAAAGGAUCGGCGCCCGGCGGCAGAGGAACCCACUCGACCUCAGAGCAAGAACAAGUACGGAGAUUCUUGGUCCUAAAGUGGGUAACUUGCACAACACGCAUGGCGCAUUUAGAGCUCGGCUUCAAGCCUGGCUUCUAUAUAGAGCAGCAUUAGUGGUGAACAACCUAGUUUGUUGAUACUUAAGUGAAAUCCUAGCCGCGAGGCCAACAAAUUUCUUUGGAAAUAUAUUUUGUUCAGCUAUGUA